AUGAAGAGUCAAUUUAAAGUAAGUACAAGUUUCAGGCAUAGCUAUGGACUGCGGGAGAAUUCGAUCUUCGCUCGUUCCUCUUGUUUUGCCAUCGAGGCUGCCCAGAACUGUCUCACCGUCGGUCUCUCAACUGCCGAGCUUGUAGGUCGACUUUUCAAUGUCCGAGCACGGCGAUCCGUCACGCCGUUUGCUCGCUGCUCGUCGCAAUGCAAGACCUGUUGCGCAGGCCUCAUUCGAUACUUGACGUCCGUCGGUUCAGUCGCCGAGUGCGUCGACGACCGGUUGUUCGGUUGGUUCCGGCCACCGCAACAAGCCACCUUCCAGAGCCACUCUGACGCCGUUUUGUCACAUUUCCCCCUUCCCUCCCCCCCCCACUCACACACUCACACACUCACACACUCACACACUCGUGCCAAUCGUCCGGACUGA